AUGGUCUUGACGCUGCUGCUCUCCGCCUACAAGCUGUGCCGCUUCUUCGCCAUGUCAGGCCCGCGGCCGGGCGCCGACCGGCUGGUGGUGCCGGGGCCGGACGGGAGCGGCGGCGCGGAGCCGUGGUGGGUGGCGGGCGGCCGCGGGCCCCGCGAGGUGUCGCCUGGGGUGGGCAGCGAGGUGCGGGGCGCCCUGGAGCGCGCGCUGCCCGAGCUGCAGCAGGCGCUGUCGGCGCUGAGGCUGGCAGGCAGCGCGCGGGCCGUGGGCCUCGGCCUGGCGGAGGUCCUGCACCUGGUGGAGGAGGCCUGGCUGCUGCCGGCCGUGGGCCGCGAGGUAGCCCAGGGUCUGUGCGACGCCAUCCGCCUGGACGGCGGCCUCGAUCUGCUGCUGCGGCUGCUGCAGGCGACGGAGCUGGAGACGCGGGUACAGGCCGCGCGCCUGCUGGAGCAGAUCCUGGUGGCUGAGAACCGAGACCGGGUGGCGCGCAUCGGGCUGGGCGUCAUCCUGAACCUGGCGAAGGAGCGCGAGCCGGUGGAGCUGGCUCGGAGCGUGGCGGGCAUCUUGGAGCACAUGUUCAAGCACUCGGAGGAGACGUGCCAGCGGCUGGUGGCGGCCGGCGGCCUGGACGCGGUGCUGUUCUGGUGCCGCCGCACGGACCCGGCGCUGCUCCGCCACUGCGCGCUGGCGCUGGGCAACUGCGCGCUGCACGGGGGCCAGGCGGCGCAGCGCCGCAUGGUGGAGAAGCGCGCCGCCGAGUGGCUCUUCCCGCUCGCCUUCUCCAAGGAGGACGAGCUGCUGCGGCUGCACGCCUGCCUCGCGGUGGCGGUGCUGGCCACCAACAAGGAGGUGGAGCGCGAGGUGGAGCGCUCCGGCACGCUGGAGCUCGUGGAGCCGCUCGUAGCCUCCCUGGACCCCGGCCGCUUCGCCCGCUGCCUGGUGGACGCCAGCGACACCAGCCAGGGCCGCGGGCCCGACGACCUGCAGCGCCUGGUGCCGCUGCUCGACUCCUCACGCUUGGAGGCCCAGUGCAUCGGGGCUUUCUAUCUGUGCGCCGAAGCUGCCAUCAAGAGUCUGCAGGGCAAGACCAAGGUGUUCAGUGACAUCGGUGCCAUCCAGAGCCUGAAACGCCUGGUUUCCUACUCCACCAACGGCACCACCUCAGCGCUGGCCAAGCGCGCCCUCCGCCUGCUGGGCGAGGAGGUGCCGAGGCCCAUCCUGCCCUGCGUGCCCAGCUGGAAGGAGGCCGAGGUCCUGACGUGGCUGCAGCAGAUCGGCUUCUCCCAGUACUGCGAACGCUUCCGGGAGCAGCAGGUCGAUGGCGACUUGCUUCUGCGGCUCACGGAAGAGGAACUGCAGACUGACCUGGGCAUGGUGUCCAGCAUCACCCGCAAGAGGUUCUUUAGGGAGCUCAGGGAGCUCAAGACCUUCGCCAACUACGCCACGUGUGACCGCAGCAACCUGGCUGACUGGCUGGGCAGCCUGGACUCGCGCUUCCGCCAGUACACCUACGGCCUGGUCAGCUGCGGCCUGGACCGCUCCCUGCUGCACCGUGUGUCCGAGCAGCAGCUGCUGGAGGACUGCGGCGUCCGCCUGGGCGUCCACCGCAUGCGCAUCCUCAUGGCCGCCAGAGAAAUGCUGCACUCCCCUCUGCCCUGCACCGGCGGCAAGCCGAGCGGGGACAUCCCGGAUGUCUUCAUCAGCUACCGCCGCAGCUCUGGCUCCCAGCUGGCCAGCCUCCUGAAGGUGCACCUGCAGCUGCACGGCUUCAAUGUCUUCAUCGAUGUGGAGAAGCUGGAGGCCGGCAAGUUUGAGGACAAGCUCAUCCAGAGUGUCAUGGGCGCCCGCAACUUUGUGCUGGUGCUGUCAGCGGGGGCCCUGGACAAGUGCAUGCAGGACCACGACUGCAAGGACUGGGUGCACAAGGAGAUCGUGACUGCUUUGAGCUGCGGAAAGAACAUUGUGCCCAUCAUUGAUGGCUUCGAGUGGCCAGAACCGCAGGCCCUGCCCGAGGACAUGCAGGCCGUGCUCACCUUCAACGGCAUCAAGUGGUCCCACGAGUACCAGGAGGCCACCAUUGAGAAGAUCAUCCGCUUCCUGCAGGGCCGCUCCUCCCGGGACUCGUCUGCAGGCUCUGACACCAGUUUGGAGGGUGUUACACACAUGGGCCCGACUUAA